AUGUUACUCUAACUCAUAACUCACUAUCUAUCUCUCAACAACACUUUGCUUUGUUUCAUUUCUCUACCACUCUAUUUAAUUCAUUCAUUUGCACCUUUCUUUGUCAAACACAAACCAUUUGCUGCUUUUGCUCUGUUCGAACUCAACAUGAAGCUGAUCAAUGAGCCACCGCAACUACGUGCCCUGUUGAGCUUCUGCUCAACAUUGCUUCUUUUGAACCUUGUUCAUGUUUCUGCUGAGGACCCUUAUCGAUUCUUUGAUUGGACUAUCACCUAUGGAGACAUAUAUCCCCUCGGAGUUAAACAACAGGGCAUUCUUAUCAAUGGCCAAUUUCCAGGCCCUGAAAUCUACUCUGUCACCAAUGACAAUUUGGUCAUCAAUGUGCACAAUCACUUGCCCGAGCCGUUUCUUCUAUCAUGGAAUGGUGUUCAGCAAAGGAGAAAUUCAUACCAAGAUGGAGUUUAUGGAACUACAUGCCCCAUUCCUCCUGGCAAGAACUUCACCUACAAUCUUCAAGUCAAAGACCAAAUUGGAAGCUUCUUCUAUUUCCCAUCUCUUGCUUUCCACAAGGCAGCUGGUGGCUUUGGUGCCAUCAAAAUCCUCAGCAGGCCAAGGAUUCCAGUUCCCUUCCCAGAACCAGCGGCUGAUUUCUCCCUUCUUAUUGGAGAUUGGUACCAGAUUAAUCAUAAGAAGCUGAAGGCAGUUCUAGAUUAUGGACACAGACUUCCAUCCCCUCAAGCUGUUCUUAUUAAUGGCCGUGCAAAUGGUACAACAUUGGCAUUUGAACAAGGGAAAACAUAUAGGAUUAGAGUAUCAAAUGUUGGACUUCAAAACACUCUGAACUUUAGAAUUCAAGGCCACACCAUGAAAUUGGUCGAAGUUGAGGGAACUCACACUGUACAAACAACUUAUUCUUCAAUAGAUGUUCAUGUGGGACAGUCUUAUUCUGUGCUUGUCACAGCUGAUCAAGCACCUAAGGACUACUACAUUGUUGCUUCCACACGUUUCACCAACAGGGUUCUCACAAGCACUGGCAUCCUUCACUAUAGUAACUCCCAGCAAUCAGUUUCAGGCCCAAUUCCUGGCGGACCAACUACUCAGAUCGAUUGGUCCCUCGAACAAGCUCGGUCAAUCAGGACAAACUUGACUGCUAGUGGACCAAGACCAAAUCCACAAGGCUCCUACCACUAUGGUCUCAUAAACAUCAGCAGGACAAUCAAGCUAGAGAGCUCAGCAGCACAAGUCAACAACAAGCAGAGAUAUGCAAUCAACAGUGUUUCUUUCACACCAGCUGACACUCCUUUGAAGCUAGCUGAUUACUUCAACAUUGGUGGUGUUUUCCAACUUGGAAGCAUCCCAGAUAGCCCUUCUGGUAGACCAAUGUAUCUUGACACAUCCGUCAUGGGUGCUGAUUUUCGAGCCUUCGUCGAGAUCGUGUUUCAGAACCAUGAAAGCAUCGUCCAGAGCUACCACAUUGAUGGAUACUCAUUUUGGGUUGUAGGAAUGGACGGUGGCGAGUGGACACCAGCGAGUCGUAACGAGUACAACCUCAUAGAUGCAGUGUCAAGGAGCACAACACAGGUAUAUCCUAAAUCAUGGACUGCAAUUUACAUGGCACUAGACAAUGUGGGAAUGUGGAAUAUAAGGAGUGGAUUUUGGGCAAGACAGUACCUUGGGCAACAGUUCUAUUUGCGUGUGUAUUCACCAGUUGGUUCAAUCAGGGAUGAAUAUCCAAUUCCAAAGAAUGCUCUUCUUUGUGGCAAAGCUGCAGGUAGAGCAACCAGACCACAAUGAGAAUGGAACAACUUGUAUAUCAAGGGACUGACUCGGUCUCAUUCUUUAGGAAUUCAUUUCUAAUUUCUUUGUAUUAUUACUACAUAAUCACCAUCAUAUAGUUAUGAUGAAAGUUUCUCCUAUUGUUUUAUUUUUUUAAUUAAAUAAUUUUUCAAGAUGUAAUGAUGUAUCAGCAGCAUGUUGCUGCUUUAAUUUAUUAUAAUGAAAUAUUGCAAACUAGUUUACUAUGA